AUGGCAACAGAGACAGUCUCCCAGAUUUCCCCUGCAGAGGUGUUCCCCACACCCUCUACCACACCUCGGAGAGGUCCGUCUAUGCAUUCCCGUGGAGAUUCCUCUCCUGGCCCAUCAUCGUCGCCGCCAUCUCCAUCAAACCAGAGUUUCUUCCUCGAUGGACGCCGUGACUUCCAAGAUGCCACGUACGAGGACACCUUAUCGCCGCUAGAUCCCAGGAGGUUUACUCCAACACUACAUGCUUCACUUGUUUCGGAGAUUUUGUCUUUACGGCGGGACGUGGAGAGUAAAACAAAAGCCAUUGAUGUCCUGGAGCGAACUCUGGAUGAAUCGCGUAUAGAGACCGAGGAUCUCAAUGAGCGUUUAUCACAGAGUAUCAAGGAGACGCGGUCUCUCAAACAUCAGCUACAGCUUGUGGAAGGGGGUACCUCCUCAGCUCUUACGGAGCUCUCAAGGGAGAGAGAUGAAGCGCUAGAGAAUUUCUCAGAUGUUCGAAAGAAACUGGACCAGGCACAAAAGAAAGCCCGCAGUCGGGAAGACGAGAUCGAUAAGACAUUGGAGCUUUGGGACCGCGAUAAGGAACUCUGGGACGGUGAGCGUAGAAAUCUGGAACGCAAGAUCCAUGUUGUUGAGGGGCGUCUCAAGGUGGUCUUGACCGAAGUGGCAGCGGUCCAAGCAGCUGGCAAUUUCCAUCAGAUGCAAAACCCUGAUGGGGCUGGUUUGGCCAAAGACGAAGCCACGGGGAAGGACAGUGAUACUGCGAGCGCCCACUCGAGCAGUCAAGGGAGACGGCGGACCAGUGUCACAAGCGUAAGCACUGACGGGAGUGAUCUUCAUGAUCUUCGGUAUUCUGUGGCGAGUGUUGUCAAUAUACCCGGUGCGAAACACGACGGGAUAAACCUUGCGCAAGAACUAGCAUUCGACGAGGAAGAUGAGUUUGAUCUGCCUGACGAUUAUUUUACCCCUUAUUCACCUGAGGCACUCCCGGAAGAACGCCCAACAUCAGUUCAUUCGCAAUUGUCCCACACAAUGGAAAUGGGAGCAAAGGCGAGGAAGAUCCUGGGCCUCUCUCUCCAUAGUGUAGAAAGUUGUGGAUUCAAGUCGGAGCCUAGUAGUCCCUGGAAGCCACCCCCAACGGCAGCAACGACAGCGAGCUAUUGCUAUCAAGAUGCUGGAAUCCAAUAUUCCCCCCCUCCGUCCCCGAAGUUGCAACCAGAGACUGGGCCCGUGGCCUGCGAGAAGGAUGCUGGAGGCCGUAACGACCCUGUUUCAUACCAGACGAAAGACAGCAGCACGUGGAUGGCCCCAGUAAAUAUGGUAUCGACAUCUUCUCAAACUGUCGGUGAUUCGCCCACUCCACCUUGGACUCCUAAGCUUGGUGAAUCAUCGCCGCCAUCGAAUACCCCUGGUCAGGCUGUCAUGGUCUCUGCAUCAAUCCAGACAGAACAACCUAUUGCUCCUGAAACACAUGAGCAACGUGCCAAUUUUACCCAUACCUGUCCUAGUUCCUCAGAUAUUGAGGUCCCAAUGAUUGCAAUUCAUCCACCGUGCUCUGAGCCUUCUUCGCCUCGAGGGAGUGUGGUUCUGCCACCACAAACUAAGAGUGCUUCUUGCCAAACUGACUUAAAGACUGUUGUCGAUAGCCGAACAGUUGCCAUACAGACAGAGGAAAUUCGGAUUGAUCAGCGGCCUGUCAAAUUGCCUGCGAGUUUACUACCGUCUGCCAUCCCAGAUUUACCCCUUCGUACCAAUCUUCAGGAUCCUCCGAUCCAGCCAUAUCACGCCCCACCUCCAAGAACGAGGAAAGAAGAGAUACCACCACCUCCUCCUAUCCCAGCCAAGCACCCGCACGAAAUAAACCCCACGAGCGCUAGUCUCUUUGCCGGAUUUGACCAACCAAGUGAUGAGGAAGCGUCCCCCAAGACGAAAGAUAUUUUCACUGAUGAUGAGCUACUAAACCGACCUUUCGCUUCAUAUACUCUGAAAAGAGGCAAAUUGGUUUCCACUCAGGGGUAUCCUAGCUUAGACGAGACCACCACGGAAAUCGAUGAGCACAUACUGGACGCAGAAGCACAUUUGUUUGAUGCAACGGCCGACCUUGAGAUGAAAAAUCCAAGUAAAUCUUCUCGGAUAAGUCCACGAACAGGAGUAGUGCCCUCGUGGACACGACAGCAGGAUAUACGCAGAGCGGCGAUGAUAUCCAACGGGGCAGCUGCACACCAGAGAAUACGGAGCCCCAGCGAGCCAAGUCUCGACGGUAGUGCCAGUGGCGGUUCUAGUAUAGCUCCCCCAUUUCCGGUCCCCAUACGACUCAGUUCGCGGAAGUUCCCAAUUAAGGGCCGCGAUGGUCAGCAGAGUCCCACUCCUUCGAACCCCUGGGACUUUUCUGACCAUAGACGGCCAUCAAUCACUCGGCAGCCUACUUUGCGGCGAGUGCGGUCUGCAGCCGCAAUGUCUCAGGCAGAGCCUGACCGGCCUGUAACCCGAUCAUCACCUACCAUAUCAGCAUCUUCCUGUGCGGCGGAUAGUCCUCAAUAUCCGUCUCUCCCACUCAACGAUAUCACUACUCCCCAGCGGAUUAGGCGAGCAAAUCAAGGGCGAUCUAAUGAUAGCGGCCACCCCACACGCGCGUUUUCCCACCAGCGGGAUGAUUCCACGGCGACAUCGGUCCAGCCAACUAGUGUUGUUGAUGCUAUUGCCCAAACAAUGGUAGGAGAAUGGAUGUUCAAGUACGUUCGUCGGAGGAGAUCUUUCGGCGGAGUUGGUGAAUCCAAGGACAACUGGGAAGGCCGGAAUGUCGAAGAGGUGUCAGCGAACAUCGCCAAUAGUGGAUCAAGGCACAAAAGAUGGGUUUGGCUGGCUCCGUAUGAGCGAGCGGUUAUGUGGAGUAGCAAGCAGCCAACAAGUGGACCAGCGUUACUUGGCAAGAGUGGCAGAAAAUUGACAAUUCAGUCUGUCCUUGACGUCAAAGACGACAACCCUUUACCAAAAGGAUUUGACCCGCAAAAUCAAUUCAACCGAUCCAUCCUCAUCCUUACCCCCGAACGAGCCCUCAAAUUCACCGCCACCACCAUCGAACGACAUUACGUUUGGUUAACUGCCCUGUCAUUUCUGAGCCAUUCCUCUAUGGGCCUUCAUGACCUCGCAGCUCUACCGCCUAUACCGCAGGAAGAGUUUGCAUCUUCCGCGCCCACAGCGACUUUGCGUCGCAACCCGAUCCGUGAUUCUAUAAGAAUCGCCAAAGGCCGACCAAGGCCAAGACCGAGAGGGAAACGAGCAUUUAAACAUCCUGAGCCGGUUCCAGAGCUCCCGGCAGAGGUAGAUAUGGCAGAUGCUGCUGAUCCCCCUACGAUUCCCCGGUUUUCCAAUCAUUCGCGCAAGCGCAGCAAUACGACUCCCCGAAUUCCCAUGAUCCGCAGUUUCUCCAAUCAGGGUAGCGUGCCAUUAAUGCCUCCAACGCAAGGCACUUUUCAAAAAUAUGCUCCGUCCGCUACGAACAGUGGCCAGAGCAUCGCCAGUGGCCGUACCUCCGAGGGCAGCGUAAGAACUGGUAAUUACUUCGACGCCAUUGGCACCGUCCGCAUGGAGGCGUUCAUUGACCAGACCGAAUCUAACCAAUACCAUGCGACACGUCCAAGGCAUUCACGGAAACCUUCGAGUCCUUGGAGCCCGGGAAGCCAGCGAUUUUAUGACCUUGAUCACCCAAGGUAUAACGAUUACGAAUCUUUUCAUAAUGACGACCCAUUCGGAGGAUUCUAA